AUCCACAUCCAGUUGAUUAGCGUUCGAUGUUUGAACCGGCGAGUUUGAAUCGCGUUCUAAUUUUGAAAAAAUUAAAAAGCGUAAGUCUGUGUUAGUUUAAUAGUGUUGUGCUUUAUUACUUUGGUUUUAAGGAUUUAUCGGUACAAUGAAGUUGGCGACGUUGUUGUUGGCAGUAGCGUCACUCACCACCACGAGUGCCUACCACAUCCUGUGCGUGCAGAACGUGCCCUCCAAGAGCCACUACCACCUGAUGAAGGGUCUGGUGGACCCCUUGCUGGAGGCUGGCCAUCAGGUAACAUUGAUCACGACAUUCCCAGGAUCAAAGCCGGUGCCAAAUCUGACGUACAUUGACGUCAGCCAUAUUCAGGAUCUGGUGAAACACAUAGACAUGACACAUCAGCAGUCUCAAGGCUUGGACAUCGUGAAGCAAUUCGCGAGGAACAUCUCCCGGAGUUCGCUCGAGACUCCCGCAGUGAGGGACACCCUGACCCGGGGACAGUUCGACGCCGUCAUCACCGAGUGGUUCUUCUCCGACAUGGAUGCUGGGUACGCCGCAGUGCUGCAAGUCCCCUGGAUCCAGUUAAGCGGCAUGGUGCUCCACACGCACAUGGAGUACCUGGUGGACGCGGUGCGCUCCGUGCCCACCAUCCCCGCCAUGGUCAACGACUACGACGUGCCCAUGACGCUGUGGCAGCGCCUCAUGAACAGCUUCGCUUACUUGUACUUCAGCUAUCACACCACCUGGGACCAGUCAUCAGUACAAGCGAACUACGAACAGUACUUCGCUCCGAUAGCAGCGGCGCGCGGCGUCGCUCUGCCAGAGUUCACCAGCGCCAUGAGGAACAUCUCCGUGCUGUUUGUCAACUCGCACCCGUCCUUCGCGCCCGCCAUGCCGGUUCCGCCCAACGUGGUGGACAUCGCUGGCUACCACAUCGACGAGGUUGUGCCUCCUUUGCCCAAGGACUUGAAAGAUCUCCUAGACUCGUCACCCCAGGGGGUAGUCUACUUCAGCAUGGGGUCCGUGCUCAAAUCCGCAGCGCUCCCAGAGCAGACCAGAAAGGAUCUGGUCAAGAUGUUCUCAGAACUGCCCUAUACCGUGUUGUGGAAGUUUGAGGAGAAGAUGGAAGGUCUGCCGAAGAACCUCCACAUCAGGCCCUGGAUGCCACAGUCUAGUAUACUUUCGCACCCCAACGUGAAGGUAUUCAUCACCCACGGAGGACUCCUCAGCACCCUGGAGUCACUCCAGUUUGGGGUGCCCGUGAUAGCUGUGCCAGUGUUCGGAGACCAGCCCAGCAACGCGCGGCGCAGCGUGCGCGCCGGACACGCGCUGAUGGUGCCCUUCCAUCCCCCGGACAUGGCUGCCGACCUCAAGGUGGCGCUCCACGAGACGCUCAGCAACAGCAGCUACUACAAGCGAGCGCAGCAGCUGUCCAAGCUAUUCCGCAACCGCCCCGUCUCCAACAAGAAGCUCAUCCAGCAUUACGUCGAGCUGGCCAUCGAGACCAAAGGAGCGUACCACCUGAGGUCCAAGAGUCUGCUGUACAGCUGGUACCAACUAUGGAUGCUGGACCAGCUGGCGGUGCUGGUGCUAGCACUGCUCCUCAUCAUCACACUCAUCAAGAGAGGAAUCAAUCGAUUUACAAAGAAGCCGGUGAAAGGAAAAAAAGACAAGAGAAACUAAAAGACAGUGUUUUUGUAUAUCAUCAUCAUCAUCAUCAUCAUAUCAGCCGAUGGAGUCGAGUCCAGUGAACCCAACAUGAGCUCACGCCAGUUUCUCCUCACAAGUUCGUGAGCCCAAAAUGGGCUCAUAGUACUCAGUCAAUGUUCUUCUAUUAACCUUUUGGGACAUAGGAUGGUAAUAUAACUUUAUAAGGGGACUGUGAACGUAUUAAAUAAUGCCAUGAACAUAUAUAGACCCAAAGACCCCUUUUUCCCCCUAGUGAUUAGUCUGUAGACUAUCUCUACGGAUCGUGACAUAAUGGUUUGAGUCCUAGGUCGAACUAUAAUAAUGUAUUGAUUCUACGUUUUAUUAUUUAAUUACGAUUAUUAGAGACUAGCUGACGCCGCGCGGUUUCACCCGCGUGGUUCCCGUUCCCGUAGGAAUACGGGGACAAUAUAUAGCCUAUAGCCUUCCUUGAUAAAUGGGCUAUAUAACACUGAAAGAAUUUUCCAAUUCGGACCAGUAGCUCCUGAGAUUAGCGCGUUCAAUCAAACAAACAAACAAACUCUUCAGCUUUAUAAUAUUAGUAUAGAUGGGCCGAGUACUCGGUUGAUACUCGGUACUCGGCGUACUCGGCGGAUUUUUUGAUACUCGUACUCGGCCGAAUGACUCAGUCGGUGAAUGCCGAGUAUACCUUGUUUAAGAAAAGCAUUAUUUAGUUACAUAUAAUUAAAACAACAGUGUUAAUCAAAAAGUAUUUAUCAGUAAUUUAGGAAAUCUUUGAAAAUCUCAAUUAAAUUUAAAUGAAAUUAAAAUGAAAGAUUUAAAAGAGCAACUGUUGAGUUUCCCGUCGCUCUUCUCAACAGGAGACUGCGCCUUCUGAGCUGGUGGUAGAGUCACUACAAAUAGUCAAACUUGACGUUUCAAAACUAAGCCUACUACUAAAAAAACAAUAUAGAAUUGAAUUAAUACAUGUUCACGCGCGCGAAAUGGGAAUUCGAUUGAACCGAGUUACUCGGCCGAGUAGUCGGUUGAAAAAAAAUUUACCCGAGUAAAACUCGGUACUCGUUACUCGGCAAAAGUGAUACUCGGCGCAUCUCUAACGAUUUUACAUUUAUAGUGGUAUUUCAUCAUCAUCUCAGCCGAUGGACGUCCACUGCAGGACAUAGGCCUUUUGUAGGCACUUCCAAACAUCACGAUACUGAGCCGCCUGCAUCCAGUGAAUGUCUGCGACUCACUUGAUGUCGUCAGUCCACCUGGUGGGGGGUUGACCAACACUGCGCUUACUAGUGCGGGGUCGCCAUUCCAGCACCCCAGGGACCCCAACGUCCAUCGCUAAAAUAGCUGUAAAUCAAUUUAGGAAGACAUUAUUUGAUUUAUUAAUGUAAAAGUUGUAUUAAAGCGUCAAUGAUUACUUAAGUGAAAAAUUUAAAUUAAGGACAUGAACCAUAAUAGUGACAUUUGUAUUAACAUUAAUUAAUUCGAAUUUUGUUUUAUUUUUAUUAUUUGUAAAUUAUUUUGUAAGAUUUGUUAACUUUAGCACGCCAACUAUGACAGGAUAUGUGUUUAAGAGUGUGCAAUAUGUAAUUUGGUGGUUACAAAUGGUUCUGGAUCUCAGAUUCUAGAAAAGUUAGGAGCCUGAUAUUUGGGUAAAUGAUAUUUCAAAGUGUUAGCUUCGUUAUGACUAUACAAAAUACACAAUUUGUAAAACUUUUCUCGAUAAUUUAUUUUUUUGAAAAAUACACGUUUUGCUCACAUUUUGCUUUCAAUCUCAGGAAAAGCAAACUUAUUUUCUUAUAUUUUUGUUUUGUAUAGAAAAUUAGGUAUAUAUCUUGAACAUGGCCAUUUUGUUUUUCGUUAUGUAGUUUAAUUUACUUGCAAUUAGGUAAAAAUGGUUUUGGCGCUCACGUCAUAAAAUUUGCGUCGCGCGUCAAUCGCUCCGUGCUUUUGUCAUAAUUCGGCGUCUCGUUUGCGCUUCGAAUUUUAUCCAUAUCGUACCGACGCACUGCGCGCUCCUAAAUAUAAUAUAAAAGACUUAUGUUAAUGUACCAUAUUCUGGCGAAAUUAAAAUUGAUUGAUUGAUUGAUUGAUCGAUCGGCUCUUCGAACUAUGUGCCACGUAUUGGCACGUAGGCUUUUUUUAAUCCGAAAAGAUACAUAUUUAUUUUUCGCGGGUAACACUGCAGGGCGAAGCUAGUCCUACUAAUAUUAUAAACGCGUUUGUAUGGAUGUUUGUUACUCUUUAACGCUGCAACUACUGAACCGAUUUGGUGGGAAAAAUCCAUGGUUCCCGUGGGAUUUAUGAAAAACUAAAUUCCACGCGGACGAAGUCGCGGGCUGCUAGUAAAUAAUAUAUACUUAAGUUAUAGGACUUAAGUUAUUAAUUAUUAGAUUAGCAUAAUUUCCAAUUUAAUUUAAUUUUAGAAUUAAAAGUAGAAUUAUCAAUGGUUUAACUGUUAAUAUUCAUAUGUUAAUUAUUCAGUACAUACUGAUACAUGUAAUAUAUUUUUAUAGCAUUGUCUAAUAAAAUUAAUUAAAACA